AUGGCUUCACACAGCCCAAAGUCGUCGCCGACGGUGCACGUCAAUAAGUGGUCGGAGCAACAGGUCGUUGACUGGCUCUCCACUGUUGGUCUCUCCAAGUACGCCAGAGACUUCAAGUCGAAUGGCAUCACCGGCGAUGUCCUCGUUCUUCUCGACGACGAGGCUCUCAAAGAUAUUGGCGUGGUCACCAUUGGUCAAAGACUAUCACUCCUUUCGGCGAUCUACCGACUCAAGCAGCAGUAUGGCAUCCCAAUGCAGGAUGGUGAUUGGAUCCCCAAAGCAGUCGAGGCCCAAGAGCAAGCCUCCAACGCACUCACAACCGCCCACAUGGCCGGAGCGCUUCGACAGCGAGAUGACCGCAUCCGUCUCUUGGAAUCGCAAAUACUUCGAUUGGCUGACUAUCUUGCCCGUUUUCAGCAAGAUAUGGCUUCCGUAGCCCGUCAAGUUGGCGUAAAGGCGCACUCGAUCGAUACCCCCAUCACGCUCGUCGCCAAUUCACUUCAUUCACACAACUCGUCUGAGAGCAGCAUCCCCUCCAUGUCGGCCUAUGCGUCCAGCUCAGACCUCGCAUUCACUGCUGCAUCCAGCCUGCCGCUCGAGUCACCCACCUCGCGUAACGUAGCAGGUCUCGUUUCCCCAACUCGAUCUGCUGGCUUUACAUAUCCUGCGAGUCAUGCUAUGAGCGGAUUCAAGCCUGCCACCGUCAACUCGGCUCGCUCAGACAGUAUCGGCGGCAACUCGCCCAUGACUCCCACCACCGCUGCUCAUUCCUACGCUGCCAGCUCUACCAACGCAGUCGGUCCUACCGAUCUUUCGCCAACACGGCCGACACCUUCUGCGACACCAACAUCGCUCGGCUCUCAGCCUGGCUUCCCACAGCAGCUUCCACAUCAACAGCAGCAGCCAUCCAGUGCCGGCUCUUCUUCCAUAGUCAGCCCAACCCGCCGACUUGCGCACCAGAACGCACUUGCGCAGCCAGACGCUGCUGGUCCUUCUCGAUCUCGCGCCGGAUCAUUGGAUGCCCCAGCUGCUCUCUCGAUAAAUGGCAGCUCGCCUUUCGUAAACAACAGCACAAGCAGCAACAAUGCUAAUUCCAUCACCGCAGCCUCUCACGCUGCUACGGAACGGGAGGAUCGCAAAGGCGUGUCAGCAGCCAGCUCUUCAGAACCGAACGCCAAGUCAGCCACAGCGCCUGCAGCUAUAAGUUCACUAUCCGCGGGCCCUUCGGCAUCUGCAUUGGCCGACUCGAACUCUUCCGACAGCAACCCAUACAAGUCGUUCCGCGUCACUCUCGACGAUCCUUGCUACAAGGUGCUUCCCGCCGCGCUCAAGAAGUACAAGAUCAACGACGAUUGGCGCAAGUAUGCCCUCUUCAUCUGCUACGGCAAGACAGAGCGAUGUCUCAGUUACGAUGAAAAGCCGUUGCUGCUCUUCCAGAAGCUCAAAGAGAACGAACAGAGCCCUGUCUUCAUGCUUCGGCACAUCCGCGACGUCAAGUCGCCCAUCGCCAUCGCUGAGGCCAAGGCAGCAACUAAGCUGCAAGAACGAGAAGGCGAUGCAAAUGCCCCUUCUGCUAAGAAACGCUCCGCGCCAAGAGCAGAUCGUCGCCGUGUCAUUUCUGGCACACCACCACCCGGUGCUUUGGUCACGAACGCGUCGAAUCCUGUCGAGGUAGGUCCAGCAGCGGAUCUUCCCGAUCGCACCAAGAUCACCAAGACCUAUGCAGUGGCUAUCUACCCGUACAUGCCAGAACGCGACGACGAGUUUGACGUCAAUGUCGGCGACACCUUUGUCGUCAUCAACAAGGCGAAAGGCUGGUGGAUCGUGCAGAGGGAUGCUAAGGGCGACGGAGUAGGUGACAUGGUGUACAGUGUGCCUGCCAGCGAAGCGACUUCGGGCGAUGACAAAGGCACUAUCUACUCAAACUAUCGCGCAGAGUAUGCAUCGGGUUGGGUGCCAGCAGGGUGUCUCCUCGAGACCAGUCGGCCUUUGGGCAGCAUCGUGGAUGUCGAGGUCGUUUCCUCAAACUUGCGAUCCGGACCUAGCACCAUCUCGAAUCCAAGCACGCCGACGUUCUCGAUCAUCUCUGGCAGUAGCAUCGGAGGCAAGGUGGAUGCCAAGCGAGCUUCGAUCCCGCCAGCGCUCAUCACGAGCACCAGCACGCCAGGCAUCAUGCUAAUGGAUUACCAGAGUGCUGAGGGCGAUUUAGAUCUUAAAAAGGACGAGCGGUUGAGAGUGUUCAAACGGUACAACCACUGGUCGUACUGCGUACAGGAGCGUGAUGGACAUGCAAGAGGCUGGGUACCGAGCUGGUACAUUGGCAAACUUUCCUCCUCGUCAUCUGCGGCUGGUGGAGCGACUAGUAGCAGCAACACGCUGUCCAAAUCGCCUUCGACCCACGCCCUGUCUUCGUUCUCCUCUUCUCUGGGCAGUAGCACAGACUCGCGCUUCGCACAUCACAACGCUGAGGCUGGUGGCGGCGGAGCAGGUUCGCCCUCGUACGAAGUUUCAAGUGGUGGUCACGACCACGCGAACGCGAACGCAGGAGGUCCGGCAGCUGUGGCGUCCAUGUAG